ACGAAUGGCGGCAUACCAACCAAGCAAUUCAAGAUGUCGCGCAGACACUCUAGCAACGAGGGUGAUUGGGUCUGUUCCGAUCCCAAAUGUGGCAACGUGAACUUCUCUCGUAGGCAGCAGUGUAAUCGAUGUGGUGCUGAUAAGAGCCACAUCACCAUCAAAGCCGGAGGCUCGGCCAUCGGCAAGCAACUGGCAGAAAAGAGUAAAGGGCUCUUCAGUGCUGACGACUGGCAGUGCAAAACGUGCGGCAAUGUGAACUGGGCCCGGCGGACAGAUUGCAACCUGUGCAAGACGCCCAAGUUUGGAAAAGUGGAAGCAAGAACAGGUUAUGGAGGUGGUUACAACGAGAGGGAGGGCGUCGAAUACAAAUCGGGCCAAGAGGAUUCGGAUGGGGAAUUUGAUGACUUUGGAAGAAAGAAGAAAAAGUUCCGGGGCACCGUUCCGCCUAAACCAGCAGCUGCCGAGGGUAAAGAGAAAGUGGAAGAUGAAGAGGAGAGUGGAGAUGAUGCUGAUCUGGAUGCCUAUAAGCUGGACUCUGACGACGACGACGAUGAUGAUGAUGACGAUGGAGAUUUGUCAAAGUAUGAUCUAGAUGGGGAUGACGAUGAUUCAGCUAAGGAUGCCAAAAAGCUACUUGAUGCCUCCUGGGACCGGGGCCGCUCGGCCUCUCGGAGCUCACGCGCAUCGUCUUCGAGCUCCCGUUCCUCCAGGUCCUCUCGCUCUAGGUCCUCCAGCAGGUCCAGCUACAGCCGGUCUAGGUCCAGAUCCCGGUCAGGCUCGCAUGAUCGGAAGUAUGGUAUACAGGGAGGGAGCCCUGAUCCGCACCGGGGCCACGGCGACUCCAGCUCAAGCUCCAGCGAGAGGCGAGAGGGCGGCCGGCGCAGGAGCCCCAAUCCGCACCGGCGCCGCCGCGACUCCAGCUCAAGCUCCAGCGAGAGGCGAGAGGGCGGCCGGCGCAGGAACCCCAAUCCGCACCGGCGCCGCCGCGACUCGAGCUCCAGUGAGAGGCAAGAGGGCUACAAACGACAGCGCCAUUGCUCACGGUCUCGCUAAGGGUGCAGAAGGCAGCGCAGAAAUGGUCCACAGCUCUGGUACCAGGUUUGGGUGAUAGGUUUAGACUAGGUAGAGCCAAAUGUACGUGUCCAAUUUUUCUCCUUCACUCUUUUAGACCCUCUUAUUUAGUUCAAUUACUGCAGUAAACAGAAUUAGAUUUCAAUUUCCAAGAUAUUUGAAGAACUACAAUGUAUACAUCAGCAUGAACAUCGAAUUCCAUGUCUUAGAGAAUACUCUUGGCUGUUCGGCUGAAUUUCAUCGAUCACAGCCAGCUCGGUCAAUGGUGGUCCAAUUUGUGGCAUCAGUAGAUCUUGUUGAUCAUUACACUACGUAGACUUGUUCCUUGGACAACUGUCAUGCAUUGGUUGGUGUUCAGCAGGGCUAGCUAAAAUACCGUUGAGGGUUAAGCUUGAAGGACUACCAAGACACUUUGCUUUGCCAACCUUAAACAGAAUCAAGACAUAAUGUUAGAAAUUUGUGGCCAUGCGAUAUGAAACUAAAUCUGCCAAAAUUGCAGGUCCAUUUUUCUCUAGGGAGGCAAAGUUCACAUUUGACACUUAUCUCAGGAAUGUCUUUUCAUACGGUGUUGUCUCCUUUCUUGUUCUCUCUUUGCAGGAUGCUUCCUGGUACCAGGCAGUGCCCCCUAACUGACAGCUACAUACUAACCAAACAAGUAAGCUUAAAUUGUUGGCAUAAUUCCUCCCAGAAGCCACGCGUCAUUUGCAGUCCUUUUGCCAGUGGACAGUGGUCACAUGGGCCCCAUUUUUUGUUUUCUAGUUUUCUUAAGAGCCCGAUUAGUUUAGCUGCAAGAUGAUAAUCACUACAAUAUGAGCUGCUUUCAGAAUCGCAAGCCUUAUCUGAAUCAGGUGGUUAAAACUUUCUGUCCCGACUGAAAGCGCCCCUGCCCCGGCCAAGAAGAGACAGGCUGGUGUGAAUCACUUCAAAAUUGUGCACAAAAUGAAAAACCCAGGGCGGUGAGAAUUCAGCUUUUUAGCUGAUUUCAGGCUUUUCUGUUCAGAUGUUGACUCGGAAUUUCAGCUUUUUUUUGGUACCCCUGGUCUGUGCAAAAGUAUGGGAAUUUUUUUUAUGUUUUCAGCUUUUUGCUCGCUGUUUUCAGCUUUAAUUUGAAGCAGCCGCUCACACCCCUGACAACUGUGCAUUCCAACAUUAAUUGGUUGUGCUCAGCGUGUCCGAGUAAAUGUGCAUAAGCCUGUUCACUCCUGGGGAGUUCCCAUGAAAUAACUGUGAUCUCUAUGUGAAAUGCACACCGAGUUUUGUUCUUGCGUGGCGUGGAUCUUUCAUAUCCGUCCAUAGAUUGAUUCUAAUGAUGUCUUUUGUCCGAAGCAUCAGAGCGCCAAAACACCCCCCUAUAAAACACGGCCGAAAGCUAAUAACCAGAUUCAGAUGUGGCACCAAUAGCCUCUUUCAAAUCUUCCUGUGUGCUCUUUUGACCUUUGACCGUUUUUAUGUCCAUUCCUUUACUAUGCUUGCUAGCCCAUUGAUUUUAGUAAAUGUAUAUAUCACUAACUUGGCUUUAAAACAGAUUUUGAACCUCUCUGAGGUUUGGGAUCCAUCACUGGUCCAUGUGUACAUGAUUUGCCAUUACAUUAUUUAGACAUGUUUAGAUUUGUUACAAGUCUUAUCUCCAGCCCUGUGUUACAGUUAGAAUUUGGUUCAAAGCGAAUCCGUUAUAUAACGCUCCUCUGGAAAUAAACUUCUGUUCACAUUCGCUGCAGUUCUCCCACUGAUUGUUACAAAACUCUCACUCAGAGCACUUUUUUGGACAAGACUUAGAUGUUUAAAUGCCAGGUGCAAUAGAAAUGUGCGAAAUAUUUUCUGUUACACUGUUUUGCAGCUAGAAGUUCCAAGGUGAGGUAUUUUGUGAAAUGCAGUUGUGUACCAGUGCAAAUUGAUUGCGUCGUAUAAACCGGCUGACAUGUACUCUGCAGUCUAACGGAAAAUCUUGCUUCCAACACUGUACAGGCACUGAGACCUCCGAACAAAUUCUGCCAGACCAAAGACACUGUACAAUACAUGCUUGUACGCAUACAACUGAAAUCUAUACAAACGAUCUCUGACUUAACUCGCGCAAAUAUUUGUAACACAGGUUUAUGUUGCUUCCAAUAGUGUUCACUGUUGAGGUUGUUGGAGUUCGGGAGAAACUUUGUGUCACUGGUUCCCCUGGCCAUUUUCAUUGUUCUUGCUAUUUCUUGCAACAGGAACCAGUGUAAGACUUGAAGGUUUUCAUGGUGAAAGAACUAUAUGAGUAAAACGAUUGGGGUUAUACCACGGAUCAAUCUCUGUCCGUCUUCAGGAGACAGUCUCCUGAAGACGGACAGAGUACACUGUUCGAAGCGUUGAGUUAUUCCCCGUUUCUUCUCAGAACCACACAUACUCAAGAAAGAGAUUGAUCCAUGGUGUAACCGCAAUCGUUUUACUCAUAUAGGAACCAGUGUAUCAAGCAUGCAUUGCUUUGUAUGCUAUCACCACCCCUGCGCGUGCAGCAGAAAUUGCUUGUCGUGUUGGAGGUUAAGUGAAAAUGGCCAACAGGACUGUUCUUACAUAUACAAGUAUUUGGCUCCAAACAUAACAAAAACACCACCCACAAAAUCAACGCACAUGCAGUAAAAACCUGGACAUCUACAUUGGUGUGUGUCUGCCUCGAGCAGAAGCACCCCCUCAUCAGUUGAAAAGAGCCGCGUUGGUCAGACGUAUUCAUUCAUGAAAUACAACGCUUGCAUUUCCUAGUCGUUCAGUUUGUACCCAAGGAGCCUCUGUUGCUAAGGAAAUAGCGCCCUCUCUUGGUCCAGCUCAAGGCCCAUAGUUUUAACCACUUCACCCUGGAUGAUGUGCAAAACAUGCACCAGGUGACACCUUUACUUGUUUCCACGCAUGAGUGAUUUUCAUUAAGUUUGCACAGAUGAGGCUUGAAAAAGCUCCAUGAGCCUACUUGAGGUGUGGCGGACACAAGAGGGAGCUGUUUUUGAAGUGGUUAAAUUUAAAGCAAACGCAGAUGAUUUUACCCUAGCCAAGUACAUGUAGCGCCCUCCUGUUGUGCCCGCCAUAUCUCAAGUAGGCUCAUGGAGGUUGAGCGUGCGUGGAGCCCUCAAGAGGCCGCGUGGGCCACGGUCAGGUGUUGAAGCAAGUAUCAUUCCAUGACAUUCUUUUUGGUGUUAGGUAAAAAAAAAUGCAAAAAAUGGUUCACUUCUCAGUGUUGCUUUUUUUUUAAUUGGACCUUCUUCAAUCGGUUGUUGAAACCUCUUCAGUCUAAGGUGGAUUGACCCUCCAGCUGAAAACUCUGGCCUAGAAGUCCCGUGUGUUUUCAACUUCUUAGUUGACAUGUUAUUUGUGAGAUCCAUGAUGUAAUUUGCACGUUGCUGUUUGCUUGGCACAAUGACAGGCAGCUUAGUCCUUGUUUUAAUGAUGUAAGUUUUGUUUUGAAUCCACUGUCAUUUGUUGUCUAUACCACUGUACAUUAUGCUGCUUGGGCAAUGGAACCCUUUCUUAAUGAAUUUCCGAGUCAGCACUGAUUUGAAUAAAGAUAAAUCAACUCUGUCAUAACAAAAGUGGUUGUGACAUUUUAAUUACCAGUUCCAGACAUUAAAUGCGUAUGUACAUGUACGUUGGGAAAUGUAAUUCUAUUAGUCUAGAUUUCCCAACACCCAACCAAGUUGAAGAAACCUUUUUAUUUUAAUCACCACCAACUGAUGGUUCCAGGAAACCACUUUUGUAUGAGUUGAACAUCCAAGAAAAUUUGAGACCUACAUGUACAUGGCCUUCUCAAGACAGCCAGCUAAGACUAUGCAUAAAAACAAUGCAGGAAGGGGGGUAGUGGAAGUUGUGCAUGGUACGCCAAAUGUGAACUAAUAAGCCAAAGUUAUUGCCAUACUCGUUAGUACCUAGGCAGUAAUUAAAAGGGAAUGAAAGUACCAUUAUGUUGCAAAGCAUUGUGGGGCAGAUGAAGCUAAACCAUGAAUACGGAUGCUACACAGAUGCACUUGCCAUGCUCUGAGAUAGCUUCAGCAUCUGUUAAAAGGUGCACGCAAGUUGUAGGUGGGUUUGAUCAUUUCAUUUCCCUGUCAUCACUUCCCAUUCACGCCAGUAAAAUAUAACAAACAAGUUACUCUAUAGGAAGUCCACGCACCUGAUUGCGUGCAGCAUAGAAUUUCCUUGUUUAUGUGGUGACUAAUUUCUGUUCCUCUUUUGACCGACACGGAGGGUACGACCCUGAUGUGUCCCCACAAUGUUUUGCUUCCCCGCAAUGACUGGAAUACAUGCACCUAUCCACACUGAAGAAGCAUGGGUGUCAUGUUGUACAGAUGCACCUGCGUAACCGCUUUGCCACAUAACAGUGAUUUUGUAGGAUUGCUUGAUGCAAGAGCUUUGCGCACAUUACAGACAUCUCUUCCACAUGGCACAAAAGACUGUGCAUUCAUACUUACAACGUCUUCUCCGUAAUGCUGCCGUACACACUUUGCGCUAUGUAUAUGCUUGCUUCUGUAGAAAUUCUUCUUGUCCCCAGGCCAAUUGAAUGUGUCAAAUUUUUUUUACAGUGACUGACAAAUUACAUUACAAAGCAAUGUUUACUUUCAUGUAGAAAAUUCAAAUACACAUUUAUGGCACCUGCCAUUCUGUUCCCCACUCCAUCUUUCACCUUGUUUGUUGUUAGUCACAUUAACAAAGCCAAGAUGAUGUUAACAUAUUGAUCUUAACUCUCAACCCUAGCACAAAUGUGUAUGAAAGUUCUAUUGAGUUUAGGACUGUUGGGGGUCAUUGUCCUUUCUUAUGUUCACUUUCACAUCCCCGUUAUCUGAUUUGGGGUAUUUCUGUUUCCAAAAUUGAAUCCUUGUAGUGUUUACAGAAAUGAGUCACACACGUGUGAGUCAUGAUGCACUCACCUUUCUGAUGACAUCUCUAGUUUUAUCGAGAGCAUUUCUGGUUAAUUUCAUAUAAGUGACAUGCUUGGCAUAUUUUACACACUUUGCACAUUAACUCUGAAAGAGAGGACGUCUACAUACAUGUGGCCAGUUAACUAACCCAACUGUUCUGAGUCGAAUCGCUUUGAAUUAUUACUGGAUAUCGUGAGAAAAGGAUUUACUGAUAUACCAAAUACUAACCAUUGCACAGCCUUAUACUGAGGAAUUGCAUUUGGCUCAUAUAGCUUACAGCAAGUAUAGCUUAUGUUGGUCUCGCAUCUUUUUUCACCCUUUCCGAUGAUUGCUGGCGUUGUCAUAAGGCAGGGGUUAUUUUGUAAUUCUUUAUCAGUUAGAUUGUGAUGGUGUAGUCCAAACCGGCCUCUACCUUAGAGCAAAGCAGAGAAUUACAUGUAUAUGUUUCCAUGAUUCUACCCAGCUAAGGCUUUUCAAUGUACAAAUCAAGAAAGCAAGUUUUAUUUAGAGGGGAUUUUUAUUCAGAUUUCUUUCAAUGCAGAUUUUGUACGGGCUUUUGCUGUGAAUAAAAGAUACUGGUGACAUCA